AUGGGAUUGUACUAUUACGAUGAGGAUGAUUGUAGUGAAUCGGCAUUCUUUGGUGAGACAGUGAAGGAUUGGACCUUGUAUGCAGAUGGAGGUUUACAAUUCAGGGAUUUGUUGGCUGUUUCCACAGUGAAGGUCGAGCAUCAUAGACCAGCUGGUUUGUUGCAACGAUUGUUUGUGGCGCAAUGGAAAUGGGAGCAGAUUGCUAUGGAUUUUGUGAUAGGUCUUCCUAAGUCCUGGAAGGCGAGCAUUGAAAUGGCUCCAUUUAAGGCAUUGUACAGUAGACCUUUUAGGUCUCCAAUUUGUUGGACUGAGGUGGGUGAGACAGCCGCCUUAGGGCUCGACAUAGUACUCGAGACUAAUGAGAAGAUCAAGUUGAUCAAACAGAGGUUACUCACAACUCAGAGCCGACAGAAGAGCUAUGUGGAUAAGCGGAGACGACCGUUAUCCUUUAAAGUGGGAGACCAUGUUUUUCUACGAGUUUCUCCGCGGAAGGGAUUGAUGAGAUUCUGGAAAAGUGGCAAGUUAUCACCACGAUUCAUUAGACCGUUUGAGGUUUUGGACUGUGUAGGAGAGGUUGCCUAUAGACUUGCUUUACCAACGCAGAUAGACAGGGUUCAUAACGUAUUUCACGUGUCGAUGCUACGGAAGUAUGAACCAGAUCCAUCUCAUGUUUUGGAUUGGGUUGAUGUAGAAAUUGAUGAGGAUGUCUUUUAUAAAGAAGGGCCAGUUCAGAUCCCUGACACACGGCAGAAGGUGUUAAGGGAUAAGAUGAUACCACUAGUGAAGGUUCUUUGGAGACACCACGGAAUCGAGGAAGCUACUUGGGAGCUCGAGUAG